AAUGUCGGAUAUAGUGGAAUAGGGCGAGGGCAUCUGUGGAAAGGAGGGUGUGUGUGUGGCAGGGAAGUAAUAUAUCUAUCUGCACAGAGUGCCUCCCGAACGAGUUCAGAAUUAUGUCAUUCACCGCGAAGUUACAGAAAGUUAGGUUUGUGACUCGUGAGCAAGAGCAGGACACAGUUGGGGUUUUGUUCUCUAGCUCCCUGCCUCUGUUUUCUAAGGCGAGCCUAAGUGGUUGUCGCCUGGGUUGGGACGCUUGUGCCUCAGGCCCCAACUUCUUUUUUCUACUCCUCAACCUCCCAAGAGUCCGUGGAGAUGUGUCUGAUAUUCAUAGAUGUCGCAGCACCUUACAGGGCACCCAGCGACCCAGCCCCGGUUACAUUAACAUUUCAUCAGCCAUUAGAAAAGAUCCACAAACUGUAGCCAAAAAAAGUUCCCAAAGUCUACACUUGGCUUCCCACCCCUUCUGGUGAUCACAACCCCCUUCCCCCCAAAGUGAUAGAGUCCAAGGACAAGACAAAAGUGACGACUUUUCUGAGCAGGAAGACGAAUGUGUGGUCAAACAGCCAUUCUAAGUGACUGUAGCAGGUUUCGUCAGUUUAUUCAUUUGCCUCAUUGAACUGAAAUACUUUCCAGGAUUUCAGAAGUGCAGUUUCAGUUUGUUAAUGCUGAGAGUGGAAAUUUGCACUAACGGCGGCGGUGUGAACUGUUUUCCUGGGAGGUAGUUGCAGAUAAGUUGCUUAGUCUGCUUUUUUUCCACCGAUGUAACAGACCUGCAGCCAGCAAGACUCCGAGGGAAGGACUUAAUCAAGUUUAUGUGUCCUAAAGGUUAUGAAGACAGUAUGGAGUUCCCAGACCACAGCAGACAUUUGCUGCAGUGUCUGAGCGAGCAGAGGCACCAGGGCUUUCUUUGUGACUGCACUGUUCUGGUGGGAGAUGCCCAGUUCCGGGCACACCGAGCUGUACUGGCUUCAUGCAGCAUGUAUUUCCACCUCUUUUACAAGGACCAGCUGGACAAAAGAGACAUUGUUCAUCUGAACAGCGACAUUGUGACAGCCCCCGCUUUCGCUCUCCUGCUUGAAUUCAUGUACGAAGGGAAACUCCAGUUCAAAGACUUGCCCAUUGAGGACGUGCUAGCAGCUGCCAGUUAUCUCCACAUGUAUGACAUUGUCAAAGUCUGCAAAAAGAAGCUGAAAGAGAAAGCUACCACAGAGGCAGACAGCACCAAAAAAGAAGAAGAUGCUUCAAGUUGUUCGGAUAAAGUCGAGAGCCUCUCGGACGGCAGCAGCCACAUGGCAGGUGAUCUGCCCAGUGAUGAAGACGAAGGCGAAGAUGACAAAUUGAACAUUCUACCCAGCAAAAGGGACUUGGCAGCUGAGCCUGGGAACAUGUGGAUGCGAUUGCCCUCAGACGCAGCAGGCAUCCCCCAGGCUGGCGGAGAGGCCGAGCCACACGCCACAGCAGCUGGAAAAACAGUAGCCAGCCCCUGCAGCUCAACAGAGUCUUUGUCCCAGAGGUCUGUCACCUCCGUGAGGGAUUCGGCAGAUGUUGACUGUGUGCUGGACCUGUCUGUCAAGUCCAGCCUUUCAGGAGUUGAAAAUCUGAACAGCUCUUAUUUCUCUUCACAGGACGUGCUGAGAAGCAACCUGGUGCAGGUGAAGGUGGAGAAAGAGGCAUCCUGUGAUGAGAGUGAUGUUGGCACUAAUGACUAUGACAUGGAACAUAGCACUGUGAAAGAGAGUGUGAGCGCUAACAACAGGGUACAGUAUGAGCCGGCCCACCUGGCUCCUCUGAGGGAGGACUCGGUCUUAAGGGAGCUGGAUCGGGAGGACAAAGCCAGCGACGAUGAGAUGAUGACCCCAGAGAGCGAGCGGGUGCAGGUGGAAGGAGGCAUGGAGAGCAGUCUGCUUCCCUAUGUCUCCAAUAUCCUGAGCCCCGCGGGCCAGAUCUUCAUGUGCCCCCUGUGCAACAAAGUCUUCCCCAGCCCCCACAUCCUGCAGAUCCACCUGAGCACGCACUUCCGCGAGCAGGAUGGCAUCCGCAGCAAGCCUGCCGCCGAUGUCAAUGUGCCCACGUGCUCUCUGUGUGGGAAGACUUUCUCCUGCAUGUACACCCUCAAGCGCCACGAGAGGACUCACUCAGGGGAGAAGCCCUACACGUGCACCCAGUGCGGCAAGAGUUUCCAGUACUCACACAACCUGAGCCGCCACGCCGUGGUGCACACCCGUGAGAAGCCCCAUGCCUGCAAGUGGUGCGAGCGCAGGUUCACGCAGUCCGGAGACCUGUACAGACACAUCCGCAAGUUCCACUGUGAGUUGGUGAACUCCUUGUCGGUCAAAAGUGAAGCACUGAGCUUGCCCACUGUCAGAGACUGGACCUUAGAAGAUAGCUCUCAAGAACUUUGGAAAUAAUUUUAUAUAUAUAUAUAUAAAUUAUAUAUAUAUAUAUACAUAUAUAUACAUAGAUCUCUAUAUAGUUGUGGUACGGUCUAAAAGCAGUCUUGUUUCCUGGAACUGAAAAGUUGGAAUCUUGUUUUGCACUUUAGAAUAAUAGCAUGAGAAUCUCACUAAUUUAGCAUUCUGAUAAAGAAACUAGAGAAGUCACAAGUAGAGAGCUGUCUUUCUUUUGAGGGUUAGGCCAAGUUAGCCAAUAAAACCUUCUCAACAAAUGGGUCUGUCGCAGAACGCCUCACACGGCUUACUUUUGUACACACUGCAUUGUCUUGAGCACUUUCCUUGUGCUCCACACUGUUUAGUUUUGUUUUGUUUUCAGAGUAGAAAUCCCCUCCAGUUUAUAGCCUCUUUAUAUGUCUCAAAUUGCAUGAAUAUUUUCUGGCUGUUGGAAACCUGAAUGCUUUUAGACCCAAAUGGAAAAUUUCUGAAAUGCUGGAUUAUCUAUUUUUAAACAAGCAGUUGACUUAAAACUUUCUGUGGCAACUUCUGGUUUUCUGAUGGUCCCCAGUGAGAGAAAUCUGACAGUACACUGGGUCACUGGGACUGUCUCUGUGAAGGUUUGCUUGAGAUGAAAAGGAUAUUGCAGCUUCAGCAGUGUUGAACUGUGUGUUUAAAAUGUGAAUUACUGUUCUUGUAUACUGUAAUUGAUUACGCGGGCUGGGGGGGUCAAAGAACUUGACAGGUUGUGUUGAUGCUCUUAGUUGAGUCUUGAAAAGUAAAUAUUAACGCUACAGAAAUGCAUGAGUUUCAAUAUAUUUUUUGUCUUUGUUUGCAUUGUAUAACUUUAACGAGUGAGUUUAAAAUUAUUUAAUUUCCUUAGAAAAAUAGCACCAUUUGGGAAAAAAAACUGGUGUUACGAAGAACAUAAAUGCACUGUUUUUAUUUUUAUUUUUAUUUUAUAUAAUUUAAAUUGACUUUUCCCACGUCUUUAAGUUUGAAACUGUUAAGCUGAAUAAAAACUUAAGCUGCAAAUCGAUAACUUCGCUACAUUACAAGGAGCAUAGAAAUGUUUACAAACGGCUUACAGAAUUGCAUGUGCAGGGUCCAUCCACACCACACUUGUAAUUGCACAGAACCCAUGCCAGCUCAGAGUUUAGGUGUACACACGUACCCAGCCGAGUGAUUUUAGAGUAACUACUGCACAAAUUGACAAUAGGUCAUAGGUCAUUCUCUCUCUCUCCCCCCCUUUUGCUUCCCUUUUCUUUUUCUCCCCUAUUUCCUUUCCUUCCCCCUACCCCCUAACUCAUGAAAAGACUCUAUGGACUGAAAAGCCCCAGGCUGAAAGGACUGAACUGCCUUGAUUGACAUGGGGAAGGGGGUUAGUAGACUGUGUAUCGGCAGCACAGGCUGCAGCUCGACGUGUGGGUCUGAUGGCCAGCGUGCAGGGCAGAGCAUUUUGCACACUGUUUGUUUUCCUGUCUUGCACUUACAAAUAAGGUCUAUGGGAGUAGCAUGGAAAACGGUUGUUGUUUUUCCCUUUUUCUUUUUUAAUUGCUUUUGUUUAAAAUUUGAUCGCCUUAACUACUGUAAACAUAGCCUAUUUUUGUGCUUAAGAUACUGAAUGGAAAACUCCAUUGUGUGUUGCUGGACUGUUUUGGAAAUAUUUGGUCAAAUGUAUGUUAAUUUGGCUGUAAUGGCAUUUAAAGCAAGCAAACAAACAAACAAAAAAAGCUGUGAAAAUGGCCUUGGAGCAUUAUCUUUAGUUACUUGAAGAGUUUCUGGGUUUUUUUUUAAUACAGUUUAUGUUAAAAUAAUCUUUAUUAAUUUAGAGAAGACAAUCAAUGUCUGUGAAAGAACGGACUCUUUGGAUUUUUUUUUUUUUUUUGUGGUCAUUGUGAGUGAUUGCUUUUUCUUUUCCUUAGUUUCACAUUCUUCCUUUGUUGUAAAUCUUAGACUGACAUCUAGCUUUGACAAUCAUAGUAUGUUUUAUUUCCUGAGGGGGAAUAACUUACAAUACUGUUUAGUUUUGUACUAUUGGUGUGUUGGUGAAUUUUUAAACUGUGUGCUAACUGCAAUAAAUUAUAUGAACUGAGAA